AUGAGCAGCGCGACCCUCCUCAGUCUCCAGCCCUCAGGCACUCUGCUUGCUCCCGUCCAGGUGCUCCCCAGGAACCUCGCGCCUCUGCGGGGCCUCGCAGGGAUUCCGGCCGCCCUCCACAGACCCCUGAGCUUGGACGCACCCAGCUCGGCGGACUCCAGCCUCGUGGCCAAAGGAGGGACACAGCCUGCGGAGACCUGUAAGCCCACCAGCCAGACCAAGAAGUUGCUGAGCUUGGUCUGUGAAGAGCAGAGUUCCUUGGAUAUGGCGACCCUGGAUAGAGGGAGGAACAAAGAGGACGAAAGCGGGAAUGAGAGUCUCCAUGGGAGAGCGCUUCUGUUCAAAAACCUGUACAUGGAUGUCAGCGCCCUGGGAGGCAGCUUCAACUCUGAGGACCAGGAGCUGAGAGAAAAGGAAAAAGACCAAAGCAAAGCCAGUGUACAGGAAGAGCAAAGCAAAAGAACAAAAGCUGUGGAGAGCGAGAGUGAUCAAGAUGUUUAUGAAAUACCAGAAGAGAAGUGUUUCACUUUAGAAAUGCUCAGUCUGGAGGAGGCCAUCGCCUCGGAGCCGGAGGAGGGAUCGCUGGAUAGCGUGAUCGAUCUGGAGGAGCUUGCUGCCCCGCAGAAAGUGCAACCUGAGAUUGAAAACAAACACGAGGGGUCCUUCAGCCAGUCUAGUCAAGAAUACUUGGACGGAAUCACCAAGGAGAUGGAGGUGGAGCUCAAGCAGGAGAAAAUGCAUUUCUUGCAAGCAAAGAAGGAGAAAAUUCAGCAAUUCCAGGAGGAGAUGAAGCAGCAGCAGGAGGAGGAGGAAGCCAAAAAGCUUCAUCAGCAAAAAGAACAAUCCCUCAGGACUCUAAGAGAAGAUUUGGCAAAGGCUGCUGAGGAGGAAGAGUUGCGUGUCCGGAAGGAAGAAACCGAGAGGCUCUCAAAGCUGCGAGCCAAAAUCACCUCGGAGACCGAGGCUGAGAUGGAGAAGAUCAGGGCAGAGCACAAGGUGACACUGCGGAAGCUCCGAGGGGAGUUGGAAUCCCAGCAGGCGGUGGAGAAGGAGAGCCUGGAGAGGCAGCAGCGGCUGCUUCUGGAGAAAAUGAAGCUGGAAAUGAAGGAAGCUCAGCAGAAAGAGAUGACUGAGCUGGAACAAGAGAAGGAACAAUUCCUGAGUGAGCUCAAGGAGAGAUUGGACAGAGAGAAGAAGAAGGCAGUAGAAGAGCUAGAGAAAGAGUUUGUGACUGAACUCCAGCAGCUGAAGUCUGCGGCAGAAGAGAAGCAUCAUAAGGUCAUUUCCAGCCUGCAAACCCAGCUAGCAGAGGCACAGCGCCGCGAGGAGGCACAGCUGCGCGAAGACUUGCAGAGAGCCGAGCAGAAAGCGCAGCAAAAGGCCCGUCAAGUCACGGAGUACGAACGCGAGCUCAGCGAGCUAAUGAGGGAGAAACGCCACGACGUGGAAAAAGACCAUGAGAGGAGAAUGGAGAGGAUGAAGGAGGAGCACCAGGAGGCCCUGGCACGGAUUCGGGAUCAGUACGAGGAGGAGGAGAGAAAGCAAAGAGCAGAGCUGCUGGAAGGCCUGCGACGCGAGGGGGCGCGUCUCCGGCAGCUUCACGAAGCAGAGGUGAAGGCUCUGCAGGUGGAGCUGGAUGAGCAGCUCACUGCACUGCAGUGCAGGCACAGGGAGAAGGAAAGAAAACUCCAGGAUUCGGAAAAUGAGCUUGAAACGCGCUUCAAGAACAUCAAAGACAGAUCAGUGCAGCUCCUUAGCCAGGAGGAGUCUCUGAGGAAGAAAAGGCAGCAGCUGCUGGAUGAGGACAGACAGGCUGAGCUAGAAAGAGAUCUCCAGCUAGAGGAGAGCAGGAAGGAGCACACCAGCCUCCUUGAGUCCACCGGGCAGCUGCGUAGGUCUCUGGGGGAGCUGCAGGACCAGAAGGCUGAGCUGGAGGCCCAGGUGGAUUUGCUACAGACCCGAAGCGAGAGGCUGCAGAAAUGCAUCAGUGAGCUGGAGGCAGCUGUCAGGAGCAAACAGGAGACUCUGAAAGAACUGGAGGCAGAAGAAACCGUGGAAUCUCUGAGAGGGAAAGCUGAGCUCCAUGUGGAAGACCUGAGAGAAACUCUUCAAGCUCACUCAUCCAGAGAACCUGCUUACGCACCCUCCCAAAGCCAUGAGAACAGCGACCUGCAGUUUGAUCAUGUCAGGAGCUUAAUCUCUGCGGAAGGGAUCUCCAUCAGGAACGCCAGGGAGUUCCUGGUGCGCCAGACCCGCUCCAUGAAGAAGAGGCACACGGCGCUGCGAGCUGCCAAGCAGCAGUGGCGCCAGGACCUGCAUAAAUGCCGGGAGGCGGCACAGGAUCCCAACAGCUCCCAGCUCCUGGACGGCAUGCGCAAGAACCUGGAAGAGGAAGCAAAGCAGCUGGACAAGAUGAAGUCGGCUAUCUGGAAAGGGCAGGCGCUGCUGAAGAAGAAAGAGGAGAAGCUGAGCCAGCUGGAGUGCUCGCUGCUGGAGGAGCUUUCGGAUGAAGAUACGCUGAAGAGAGCUGCGUGCGGGAAGAUGGUGACUUUUGACCUGAGCAGCUCUGAGGACAGCAACAGCACGUCCAGUGUACAUCUGCACCAGCCCAGCUUUGAUUUGAGAACCAAUUUACAGCCUGCCCCCCAGCUGGACAAGAUCCAGUGCUUGACAAAAUCGGUGCAGCACAUCUCUAAGGAACUCAACGGGGUCCUCGACACCCUGGGCUCGCUGAACAAUUGCCAGUCUCCGCUCUUCACCUCGACACCCUGCAACAGCAUCCCUCUGUCUACAUACACCUCCUUGGCAGGACGGGAGGCUGGGGGGUUCCUGGGGGCCCCCGCUGGGCUGUCUCUGGUGGACCAGAGGCCCUGGAGCACUGGGCUGAGCUCUGGGCGCUCUUUUGCAGCGGGACAGUCAGUAGACAGCAUCCUGGCAGAGAAAUAUCGCAGCUAUUUCCCAGGGGGGUUGCCGUUGCUCAGUGGAAGUUCCAAGCCUCCGGACAACAAGCUGGGAUACGUUUCUGCAGAGGAGAAAAUACGGGUCUUCCAGCGCUCCCGGUCCCAGAGCCAAGAGUCGGACAAGAUGAGUAUUCAAGGCAUGAUUGAGACCACCAAGAAAUGGCUGGAAGACUUCAAGAGGGAUUCAAAAGUCCCUCUCCUCUCAGGUGCGCAGAAGCUACCUGCCAGCACCCCCAGACUGCUACAGCUCGGCCUGGAUGAGAACAGACGAAUUAAAGUGUACCGUUACUGA